AUGUACGCAAAAGAACGGGAUGGGGACACUCCACGAGUUGUCCAAGGUUCUACUAUAUCUCUUGUUAGUUCAUCUGCAGCUAAAGAAUUAAAUUUAGAAUUGAACUGCCUUGAACGACCCUUAGUCAUAGCAUCUCCAAUGGGAGGAUUUGUAGAAACUGCUCAUGCGAUAUUGGAUUGCCAUGCCUGGACGAUUACGGUAACGUUACUUAGGCAGUCACCCUUCACUAUACAAGGAAGGCGUCAAUUUGAGACCUAUGAAGGUCUACGGGCUCUAGAAGAGGCAGAAUCAGCAGAGAUCAUCAUUGACCAUAUACCGGUGGUGGGUGAGUUCCCAGAAGUGUUUCGAGACAUACUAGGAUUGCCACCAAGGACAGAGGUAGAUUUUACCAUUGACUUCCUACCCGGUACCACCCAGAUAUCCAUGACUUAA